UUAAAUAAAGAUGGCAGCCUCUCUGACAAGAAAAACACUGACUUGCUCUAGAAAUUUUAGACUAAAUUGCAGGCAAUUGCAUACUUUUAGAGCAUCAAAAGCCCAGAUAGGUAAAACUUUAGCAAUUAGUGUUCCAUGUACCGGGUUUAUAGCAUGGCAGACCUGGCGACUUUACCGACAAAGCGGGGAUUUGGUACCCACAGUUCACGCAGCUCAGGAAUCCGAGACUCGCACAGGGCCAGCAUUAACAUUUCGGGAGGUGCGAUUCCAACAGUUUGCGUCAGUGCAGUAUGAGGGAGUGAUCUACAUGACCCCACAAGACUUCCUGGAAUCAGUGACAGAGGACGUACCGAGGCACACGAACAAUGGAUCAAGUGCUCGCAUUGGGCGGUCAAAGCUGUCGAAGGAUGAGGUUGAGAAAUGGCUGUACAGCACGCCAAACAGGCGACGGGGGUCGAAGAGCCUCUUCAGAUCCAUGCAUAACAAGGGUCUGAUUUCCUACACUGAGUACCUGUUUCUGCUGUGUGUUCUAACAAAGCCGCAGUCUGGUUUCCGUAUUGCCUUCAACAUGUUUGACACGGAUGGGAACCAAAUUGUAGACAAGAAGGAGUUUCUUGUGCUGGAAUCAUUCUUCACCCUGCCACCUAGUGAACGAAAGUUUGUACCAAGAGAAAAAACACAACUCCAAUCUCUACUUGCUCUCGAAAGCCUAUUCGGUAAGCCGGUAGAGUCGGGCAAGGGAGCAGAAAAAAAAUCGGACUCGAGUGAAGAACGUAAAUUUACAGUUGAUGGGCGUGAAAUUGGAAGUGUGAUGCCUAUCCAAGACACUACCCUGUUGGUCCACUUUUUUGGGCGUCGGGGAAAUGAUGUUCUCAAAUACGAAGACUUCCACAAAUUCAUGGAGAAUCUUCAGACUGAAGUUAUUGAGCUCGAGUUCCUCGAGUUCUCCAAGGGAAUGCAGACAAUUUCUGAGGAGGACUUUGCCCGUAUCCUGCUGCGGUACACAAAUCUUGACAAGACUGAUAUCGGAGAAUGUCUUCAGAGGGUGCGGAGUAAUACACCAGAGGAAAAGGGGAUAUCAUUUGAUGAGUUUCGCCAGUUCUCCCAGUUCAUGAACUCAUUGGAUGACUUCACCAUCGCAAUGAACAUGUACACAUAUGCCCAGCAGCCGGUUUCCAAAGAGGAGUUUCAGCGAGCUGUGAUGAUAUGUACGGGAUCUACCCUCAAUGCACACAUCGUAGACACGCUGUUCAACAUAUUUGACGUUGACGGAGAUCAACAUCUCAGCUACAAAGAGUUUAUCUCCAUCAUGAAGGAUCGCAAGUACCGCGGAAAUAGGUCUCACCUUCAGCCGACACCGCGGACCUGGGACGCAUUCAAGGUCUGUGUCAAGUCCGAGAUGAAAUCAUAUGUCUAGAUCUUUGACAUACACAACCUCAGCCCUUAUAAUGUUUUUUGUGUCUCUGUGAAAGGUUGAAGCAUCAUUCUGUGGUUGUAACCUUUCAUAAUGGUUCUUACAUACCAAUAUACUGACAUCUUGAACCGAAGUGUUUGCUACUUGAGUUUUAUUCCUACAUAUCGAAGUGUUUUGUUUUAAAAGGACUACUAGAAUAUCUCUAGUGGGGCAAAUUACACCAAUUUGGAAAUUCUUCAAUGUGCUACAUGUGUUUGUUUUGUUUUUGUUUUAAACACGUGCUAGUAUUCAAAGCAUAGUUAUAUCAAAACUGACGUUACCCUAUUUUCAUCUUUGUAGGUUUUUAAAGCUGAAUGGGUAGUGGUUAAUAAAAAAUUGACGAACAUGCUGGAGCUAUGUUAGUUUGUUUACAUUUUCACCGCAUUAUUUGUACACCUACGCAGGAUUUGGUAAUUUUACCAAAAACAUAGUGGUUAAGUUUUGACCAAUUAUAUUUUUCCUAUAAGAAAGGUAAGCUUUUUUCUAAAGUUUAGUACACUCGUGGAAAUGAAAAUUACCGCAUACAUGUAGUGUAAGUUAAAAUUAUAAACAUUAAAAUUCAGUGUCUAGAUGUUAGUGAUAUUGGCCCUGUACCUGGUCUGUUCUGCCUGACUUAAUGUUCUAUAACUAUAUUCAUGGCAAGGUGAGUAUUUUGUGUUAUUGUAAAUAUGAUGAGUUAGAAAUGUACCAUGUAUUUAAUUAUUGUAUCCACCAGAAAAUUAUGAAAAAACAAUAGCAAAAGGGGAUUUGUUAGUUUUGUUUGUUUGUGUUUUUGUUAUAGAAAUGUAUUAGAAAAUUUAGUUUAAUAAAUGUUUUAAGCAUUACAGGAAAAAAUAUAAUAGACUUUGAUUCUGUAAUUUAUCAUUACAACCAUUGCUGGGAUACCUGGCCCCAAUUUCUCAAAACUUCUUAAGCAUUUAGUAAUUUAUUUCAAUUAGCCCAAACACAUACUUUAAUUUGAAAAUUUCAUGAAGAAAAUUCUGUAUUGAAGUCUCAAAACCCUAAAAAAGUUUAUAACACAAAUAAUACCAAAACAAAAGUAGUGAGCUCAGCUUGAUCAUGUUAUAAUGAACUUAAGAAUUUUUGAGAAAUUUGGGCCGGUGGAAAUUACUUUUUUUAAAUCAUUAAAUGUGACACCAAUUACUGAUUCCCAUAUAGACGGUGGUUUGUUAUGUGUUAGUUUUUGUGUAUAUACAUAUAUAUAAGGUUCAACACCCAUAAAGCUUUUAAUUAUUUAUUUUAUAUUGUUUAUUUCUUUUACACUCAUUCUUGAAUAAAAUUAUUUAAAAGAU